CGCUCGCACCCUGCCCUGUCCGCCUCGCGCGCGCGCCCUGCCUUCUCUCUCUUUCCCCUCGUAUCUCGGUACAGAGGUAGCAGGAGGAGCGGUGUAAGUGACGGGCUGGAGUGGGCAGAGGCGGCCAUUCCCCCACCGGCAAGAGUGCAGGACCCGGAGUUAUCCUUUCGUCCCCGCCCCACCGGGAUAAUAAAUUCCAAUCGCGUGCGCGCACUCACACACACGUAAGCGAUGCCCUCGGCCACUAGCAGCGCGAUGGCGAGCAGCGGCAGUAAAGCGGGAAGUGAAGCGGCUGCGGCGGCGGCGACAACAGCGGCUGCGGCUGUUCCCUCUCAAGUGGCAGUUCCCGGUGGUAGCACGAGUUCGGUGCAGACCGAGGCCAUGAAGCAGAUUUUGGGUGUCAUCGACAAGAAGUUGCGCAACCUGGAGAAGAAAAAGAGCAAACUUGAUGAUUAUCAGGAUCGAAUGAACAAAGGAGAACGCCUUAACCAAGAUCAGCUGGAUGCUGUGUCCAAAUAUCAAGAAGUCAGUAACAACCUGGAAUUUGCUAAGGAACUGCAGAGGAGUUUCAUGGCUUUGAGCCAGGAUAUUCAAAAAACAAUAAAGAAGACAGCUCGACGAGAACAACUAAUGAGAGAAGAGGCUGAACAAAAACGCUUAAAAACAGUGCUUGAACUGCAGUAUAUUUUGGACAAGUUGGGUGAUGAUGAAGUGCGCAAUGACUUAAAACAAGGAACAAAUGGAGUGCCAGUAUUAACAGAGGCAGAACUGUCAACACUAGAUGAAUUUUACAAACUAGUUGAACCAGAACGGGACAUGAAUGUGAGGUUGAAUGAACAGUACGAACAGGCAUCUAUUCAUCUUUGGGACUUAUUGGAAGGGAAGGAAAAACCUGUAUGUGGAACAACCUAUAAAGCCCUAAAGGAAGUUAUUGAACGCAUUCUUCAAACAAGCUACUUUGAUAGUACUCAUAACCAUCAGAAUGGAUUAUGUGAAGAGGAGGAGUCGGCCCCUGUUCCUGCAGUGGAAGAUCCUGUUGCCGAAGCUGAACCAGAGCCAACAGAAGAAUAUACUGAACCCAGUGAAGUUGAAUCAACAGAGUAUGUAAACAGACAGUUCAUGGCAGAGACUCAGUUCAGCAGUAGUGAGAAGGAACAGGUAGAUGAGUGGACAGUUGAAACUGUUGAGGUGGUAAAUUCACUUCAGCAGCAGCCGCAGGCUACAUCUCCUCCAGUUCCAGAUCCCCAUACGCUUCCUGCUGUGGCUCAAGCGGAUCCUCUUGUUAGGAGACAACGAGUACAGGACCUUAUGGCACAAAUGCAAGGUCCCUACAACUUCAUGCAGGACUCCAUGCUGGAAUUUGAGACCCAAGCACUCGAUCCCGCUAUUGUUUCAGCGCAGCCUAUGAAUCCAGCACAAAACUUGGACAUGCCGCAGAUGGUUUGCCCUCCAGUUCAUACUGAAUCCAGACUUGCCCAGCCCACUCAGGUUCCUGUACAACCUGAAGCCGCACAGGUCCCCUUGGUUUCUUCCACAAGUGAGGGAUAUACAGCAUCUCAGCCCAUGUAUCAGCCUUCUCAUUCAACAGAGCAGCGGCCUCAGAAAGAAUCAAUUGACCAGAUUCAGGCUUCAAUAACUUUAAGUGCAGACCAGACUCCAACAACAUCACCGCUUCCAGCUGCAUCCCAGCCUCAGGUAUUCCAGGCUGCCUCUAGCAAACCUUUGCAUAGCAGCGGAAUCAACGUUAAUGCAGCUCCAUUCCAGUCCAUGCAGACAGUAUUUAACAUGAAUGCACCUGUUCCUCCUGUGAAUGAGCCAGAAACUCUAAAGCAACAAAAUCAGUACCAGACCAGUUACAGCCAGACUUUCUCCAACCCGCCUCAUCAAGUAGAGCAAUCAGAACUUCAGCAAGAGCAGCAGCUUCAGACAGUGGUUGGCACCUACCAUGGUUCCCCGGACCAGUCCCAUCAAGUGGCAGGUAACCACCAGCAGCCUCCACAACAGAAUACUGGGUUCCCACGUAACAAUCAGCCUUAUUAUAACAGCCGGGGAGUGUCUCGUGGUGGCUCACGUGGCACUCGAGGCUUAACGAAUGGAUACAGGGGACCAACCAAUGGGUUUAGAGGGAGCUAUGAUGGCUACCGUCCUUCAUUUUCCAACGCUCCAAAUAGUGGUUACACACAGGCACAAUUUAAUGCUCCCCGGGACUAUUCCAACUACCAGCGGGAUGGAUAUCAACAAAAUUUCAAGCGUGGCUCUGGACAAAGUGGUCCUCGGGGAGUCCCUCGAGGUCGUGGCGGGCCCCCGAGACCCAACAGAGGGAUGCCUCAAAUGAAUGCUCAGCAAGUGAAUUAAACUAAUUCACAGGAUUACAUUUAAACGCCAAAAACACACUGGCCAGUGUACCAUACAUGUUACCAGAAGAGUUAUCUCAUAGUAAAGGGAUUAUUUUCAUUGCCCAUAAGGAAAGGACUACAAUUGUCAGCUUUAUAUUACCUGGAUAUGGAAAGAAACAAUGUUUACUCUGCAUGUUCUAUCCUAAACAUCAUCUUGAGCCUUGCACAUGAGAUACAGGAUUUUUACCCUUGCUCUGAUUAAAAGCAAAAAUGGCAAUUUCAGGGUGACAAAAACUUCCAUAGUUAACAGGCAGAAAUAACCCAACUGACUCCACUGACAUUCUAUAGAGGUGCAGCAAAUAGAGGUGCAGCAGAUUUUGAUAAAAAUAUGUAAAUCCCUAAAUGUUUUACUCAGACAAUUGGUAUAUUUAAACUUUUACAUGAAAGGAAGAUGGAAGAAGUGAAGUGUGAUUUGACAGAGCAACUGCAAUUCAGUACUGAACAUUUACAAAUGCAUAAUAAACAAUGCCUAUGCCUAUACCCUUAACUAGAUUCUAAGCUAAUUGACAGCUUGGGCAUGCCCUUAGUUACAGCAUGUUCCUAUUAGGCCUGUCUUGCUGUGACAAAGGGAUGCAUUAAUUGUUUUGUGUAACUGUUGAUAUAAUUGUGUAAACCCCAAAUUAGGCUUUGAUUGGCACUUUAAAUUUUUUUGUUAGAUGCAAUCUGAAUGACCACCUCAUUGUGAAGUGUUGAGUUCUCGCCGAACACAUUUCUUGGAUAGCAAUUACAUUUGUAAGGAUUGGUACUCUAUCUUUCCUUAUGACUUGCACAUUGUCUGUCACUAAUACUUUAUCUUGCUGUAUUUUCACCUAAAUAACUGAUGCAGGUACUGAUGGAAAUUAAUGGAUAUUCAUUACACUUUGGGUCACAUGUUCUUUUCUUCUGCAGCCUGAAGGUUUUAAGAAAUCUCAAAUCCGUGCUGCUGCUGCUGCUGCUGCCCUUUUAAAUUGCUCUCUUUUGAAAAGCACCAGUAUGUGUUUGGAUUGGUUUCCCCUUUUAAAGGAAAUUACAGCCAGCAGUUAAAAAUCUAAGCAAGAUAAAUAAAACAUGUUUAUAAAAAAAA